AUGUCUCAUGUGGUGGUUGAUGACGCCAUUAUUCCAUGGAGCAACUCAGUAACUUAUCUUGGAGUCACAUUGACUAAUACUUUGUCUUGGGACACUCAUGUCUUUAAUAUAAUCUCGCGUGCCAAUACUGCACUGUACCGGCUGAAGAUAUACAAGCACCUUUUCUCCCCUCUGGUUCGGUCUAGAUUGGUGUCAUCUCUGAUUUGUCCAAUAUUCGACUACUGUUGUACUCUACUGACUGAUGUAACAGAAACUGACAAUCUCAGGUUGCACAAAGCUUUUAACGGAUGUGUUAGAUUCAUCCUCAAAGUCAAAUGGUACGAACAUAUAACACCACAUUAUCAGAAACUACGCUGGCUCAAACUCAAAUUGAGAAGAACAUUCUUUGUAGAGAUUUACAGCUACAUGAUACUCGAGCUGACAGUAGAACUAUGA